AUGGCGUACAGAGCUACUGUGUUUCAUUCACAACUGAGUGCUAACGAAUUUGAGCAAUUAUUUUACAGUACUGGACUAUAUAUUUUGAGUGAUAAUUCGCCUCUUUAUGAACUUGCUGUGUCUUUAGCCAAGUACACAACUGAUUUAUCCGAGAAAUUUUGCAAAGAGAGAGAUGCUUUUACUGUGGUUGUUUCCGGUGGUUCUCUUAGUAAGUCUCUUAGGAAAUUGGUGGAGCCACCGUAUAUUGAUUCGAUAGAUUGGUCGAAGUGGUAUGUUUUCUGGGUGGAUGAGAGAGUUGUACCAAAGGAUCAUACUGACAGCAAUUAUUUGCUUGCUUAUGAUGCUUUUCUAUCCAAGAUACCUAUUCCUGCUGGUCAUGUGUAUGCCAUUAAUGAGGCAUUAUCAGCAGAGGGUGCAGCAGAUGAUUAUGAGACUUGUCUAAAGCACUUAGUUAACAGCAAUAUUGUAGACACCUCUAAAGAGAGUGGAUUUCCAAAAUUUGAUGUGAUGCUAUUGGGUAUGGGUCCAGAUGGACAUGUAGAAUCCUUGUUUCCUGGGCAUCCUCUUGUCCAUGAGAAAGAGAAGUGGGUCACCUUCAUCAAGGACUCUCCAAAACCUCCAUCGGACAGGAUUACAUUUACAUUUCCUGUAAUAAACUCGUCUGCAAAUAUCGCACUUGUAGUAGCAGGUGCUGGAAAGGCAGAUGUAGUGCAUAAAUCGCUAGGUGAUAGUGACGGUUCUGAUUUGCUGCCUGUGCAGAUGGUUUCACCUGAAGGAGAAUUGGUUUGGUUUUUAGACGACGCUGCAGCUUCAAAGCUGUAGGGAUGAUGAAAUAUGUGAGUUGUGAAUUAGUGCUUCACUGCAGUGUGUAUUUUGUAAUUUUCAAUACAUUCUCGAGUAGGGAUGUUUUUUCCCAGUAUUGCCAGUAGAAUGUUGAGGCUUCAUAUGCCAUAAUCCAAUUUCUGGCAGUUUUUCCGCAGUUGUUUCUGUAAUGUAUCUUUGGCUACCAGGAAGUCGGUAAUAAUAGUACAGUUUGUGCUGUCUACUUUCUUUUCA